AUGAAUAUCUUGAAUUUCAUUGAGUACCUCAGCACAACACAAAUUUUUUUAAUAGUUUUUAUGAUGUGGAAAUCACUGUAUUCAGUAACACACAGCCAUGAGCACGCUUAUCAGGAUGGCAAGACACUUCGUCUACCUCUCAAUGAGACCGCCACUAUGGAACUGCUAGACAGAUGGCUGAGUCAAGCAGUUUCUGGACUUAUUAGUGCAGUGCUGGAUUCCGAUGAAAUCGACGACUUACAUCAAUGCACGAAACGUGCUCGUACAGUUCCCGAACAUGCACGAUGUGUUGUUAAAAUUCUCGAUGUGACAAAACCUAUCAAGCGCAGGAAAACAAUCAGCGAUGACGUUCGAUUUCAGAUUGUAAAUCGAUCUUCGUACACGCUAAGAUCUCACGAUGAUACACCAAUUCUUUCAAAAGUCAUCAGACAGAUGACGAAAACUGUACGUACGCUGAAAAAUAAAAAAGGAUACGAAAGCUGGCGUUCUACCCUUCAUCGAAUCAGAGCUAUAGGUGCUACAGCACGUAUGCAGAAGGAAAAACGAGCACAGCUGAAGAAGAAGCUUAACAAAAUGAUUGCCAACACUCCAGAAAAGUUUAUGGAUCCGCGGAAGCCAUUAGCAGUAAAAAAAAUGGAGAUGGAAGAUUUGGCUAUGUCAUUGAAGAAGAAGCUUGCUGCCCGGAAAAGAAGCGAGAUGCGCGUUCCCAUGAAGCUGCUUCGGGAUUCGGUUAAGUUAUUUUUGGCGGCAACCGGUAAAAAUGUGACGAAGUUCGACAAAAAAACAGUGAAAUUGGCUUCACCACGACUAUUAAGUGUUGUACCCGAGCAGAACGAUGACGAUUUGUUCAACGUACUUUCUCCGUCGUUGUUUUCACUCCACGAAGACGGUGAUGAAGCAGAAAAAUCGAUGUCGCUACCGCGUUUACUUAAGCAGUUGCCGAACAGCGACUAUGAAGCGUGGCUCGAUUUCAUUAUGGAGGCAUCGGGUGUGACGGAGACCGUCGAUAGGACUGAAAAGCAGCUUAAAGGGGAAAUAAAUGAACAUGAUAUGCGCGGCAAGGAUGGAGUGCCUUUACAUUUAAACAAAAAGAACGUCAGCGAACUAUUUGGCAGCAUGGAAGAGCAAAAAAUUGAAACCUUUGAGAAGCUUGAUAAAACCUACACAUUAGAUCAGAAAGACGAUCUAGAGAGGCAAGGUUUUGCCUUUCUUACUCCAAAGCAGUUGGAUAUAGUAUACGGACCGAAUUCACCAUACCACAAACCAGACUCGUUGCGACAAUUCAAGAAAAUCCAUCGAUUGCGAGACGAUCCACAUCACCUUAUCGAAAAAGAUAUCCGUAAAAUCGCCGAGGCUAAAAAGUUCCAAGUGCGUCAGAAGGAUAUUGUCUUGUCACCGUUUCUGUUCACUUGGCUAGUAUUUGCCAGCGGACCGCUCUCUCAACCGAUCACCUUGUCUCCACUACUGUUUUCUCCCAUUGUUCUAUCACCGGCAGUACUUGGACCAAUAACACUCUCACCGUGGGUGUUUAUUCCGCUUAUACUUUCGCCUCGUGUUUUGUCGCCAUUGAUCUUAACUCCGUUAAUCUUUUCACCUAUAAUUCUUUCGCCGUUGGUACUGCAUCCGUUGAUUCUUGUCCCAGGUAUUUUUAAUCCGAUCGUACUUUCACCUUUAGUGCUUUCGCCGUUUAUUUUAUCACCACAAGUAUUCUCUCCACUAAUUCUUUCCCCAAUGGUUCUCAAUCCACUCAUAUUAACACCUGUCGCCGGCACACCACUAGUUCUUAAUCCGUUCCUCCUUUCUCCUCUCAUAUUAUCCCCACUAUUUCUUUCCUCAGUUGUUUUAUCACCAUAUGUGUUAUCACCGCUCAUAGAAUCGAAACUGAUUGCCUCCGAAGUUAUACUUUCACCUAGUUGGCUUUCGUAG